CGCGUGGUACGCACCUGCACGCCGACACCGAGCGACGAUGCCGCUUCGGUCCCUUAAGAUGGUGGUCUGAGGGAGGGAAAGGACAAAAAAAAAAAAAAAAGAAAAAAGGACGUCCUUCCCCUUUCCCUCCUCCCCUGACUCCUGCAUCCCCCCCCUCCCAUCCCAAGAGAAGAGCUUGACCGCAGAAACAAGAUGCUGACGAGGCUUUUCAACGACCCCUCCCUGCUCCCCGACGUGCAGAAAUAUUCGGGCUGGGCGGACGACAGCGACGACGACGACAAGCUCAAAGACGACGACGGGGACACGAGGGACAACAUGGACGCCUCCUCCGAGCUGCGGGCCGGCAGCCGGACCCACUCGGAGCACGCCGGCGAGGACGAAGAAGAGGAGGAGGACGACGGCGCGGAGGACGACGACUGCGACGGCGAGGACGCCGAGGGCGAGCGCCCCAAGAAGCGGGGCCCCAAGAAGCGCAAGAUGACGCAGGCCCGCAUCGAGCGCUCCAAGAUGCGACGCAUCAAGGCCAACGCCCGCGAGCGCACCCGCAUGCACGACCUGAACUCGGCGCUGGACAACCUGCGCAAGGUGGUCCCCUGCUACUCCAAGACGCAGAAACUCUCCAAAAUCGAGACCCUGCGCCUGGCCAAGAAUUACAUCUGGGCCCUGUCGGAGAUCCUGCGCUCGGGGAAGCGCCCGGACCUGGUGUCCUACGUGCAGACCCUGUGCAAGGGUCUCUCGCAGCCCACCACCAACCUGGUAGCCGGCUGCCUGCAGCUCAACUCGCGCAACUUCCUGACGGAGACGCAGUGCCCCGAGGGGGGGCGCUACGGCUCGGGCUCCUUCGCCAUGCACUCGUACCCGUACCAGUGCGCCCGGCUGUCCAGCCCGCACUGCCGCCAGGGCUCGAACUCGCACCCGCUGGGCUCGCACGGCUACUGCGGCGCGUACGACUCGGCUUACGGCGGGGGCGGCGGCUCCCCGGAGUACAACAGCCCCGAGUACGAGGGCCCCCUGAGCCCGCCGCUGUGCGUCAACGGGAACUUUGCCCUCAAGCACCAAGGCGCGGGGUCGCCCGACCAUGACAAGCCGUACCACUACUCUAUGCACUACUCGGGGCUGCCCGGAUCCAGGCCCGGCGGCGGGGCCCACAACCUGGUGUUCGGCUCCUCGGGGGCCCGCGGCGGCAUUCACUCGGAAAACGUCCUGCCUUACCACGACGUGCACCUGCACCACGAGCGGGCACCCGCCUACGACGAACUCAACGCAUUUUUCCACAACUGAAACACGACGGAACGCCGCCGCCGCCGCCUUGCUGGCCACAAUCGUGACUUCAUUUUCAUUUUUUUCACAUUUUCAGUUCUUGUUGUGUGCAAUCGUCAGGGAAAUGAGAGCCGAGGCGCAUGAAAACAUUCUGCGCCUAACAGAGAAAGAUUUGCAUUUCUCAACUUUUAUUUUUUAGGGCUGCACCUAACAUUUUUUCUUUUUCAAAGAAUCGAUUCAUCUUCGACUAUUGCUUUGAUUAUUCGAGGGGUCAAUUUUAAU